AUGAGUCUCCUGGAACGUUCUGUGGGGGUGGAGGACCUUGUCCUUCUGGAACCCCUGGCGGAAGAGUCUCUGCUCAAGAACCUCAAGCUGCGCUAUGAGAGCAAGGAGAUUUACACUUACAUCGGGAAUGUGCUUAUCUCCGUGAAUCCCUACCAACAGCUGCCCAUCUAUGGCCCAGAGUUCAUUGUCAAGUACCGGGACUAUACCUUCUAUGAGCAAAAACCCCAUAUCUAUGCGUUGGCAAAUAUGGCCUAUCAGUCACUGAGGGAUCGGGACCGAGACCAAUGCAUCCUCAUCACAGGCGAGAGUGGAGCCGGGAAGACAGAGGCUAGUAAGCUGGUGAUGUCUUAUGUGGCGGCCGUCUGUGAGAAAGGGGAGCAGGUGAAUUCUGUGAAGGAGCAACUGCUGCAGUCAAACCCGGUGCUGGAGGCUUUUGGUAAUGCCAAGACCAUCCGCAACAACAAUUCCUCUCGAUUUGGAAAGUAUAUGGAUAUCGAAUUUGACUUCAAGGGAUCUCCCCUCGGUGGUGUCAUCACAAACUAUCUGCUUGAGAAAUCCCGAGUGGUGAAGCAGCUCAAAGGAGAAAGGAACUUCCACAUCUUCUAUCAGAUACUGGCUGGAGCUGACGCACAACUGCUAAAGGCCCUGAAGCUGGAGCAGGACAUACGUGGCUACACCUAUCUGAACCAGGAAGUGUCAACAGUGGCUGGCAUGGAUGAUGCCUCCAACUUUAAGGCUGUGAAGGAUGCGAUGGCCGUGAUUGGGUUCACAGAGGAGGAAAUCCGCUGGGUGCUGGAGGUGACAGCUGUGGUGUUGAAACUGGGGAAUGUGGAACUGGUGGGGGAGUUCCAAGCCAAUGGAAUCUCAGCAAGUGGCAUCUCUAAUGGCAAAGGUAUUCAGGAGAUUGGAGAACUAGUAGGUUUGAACUCAGAUGUGAUUGAGAAAGCUUUGUGCUCAAGGACCAUGAAAGCAGCUAAAGAACAGGUGGUCUCUACUCUGAAUGUCAUCCAGGCUCAGUAUGCUCGGGAUGCUCUGGCAAAGAACAUCUACAGUCGCCUUUUCAACUGGAUAGUGAAUCGAAUCAAUGAAAGCAUCAAGGUGAAGACUGAGGAAAAGAAGAAGGUAAUGGGGGUCCUGGAUAUCUACGGCUUUGAAAUCUUGGAGACUAAUAGCUUCGAGCAAUUUGUGAUCAACUAUUGCAACGAGAAACUCCAGCAGGUGUUCAUAGAGAUGACCCUGAAAGAGGAGCAGGAGGAGUAUAAGAGAGAGGGCAUACCAUGGACAAAGGUGGACUACUUUGAUAAUGGCAUUAUCUGUAAUCUCAUUGAGCAUCAUCAGCAAGGCAUCCUGGCCAUGCUGGAUGAGGAGUGCCUGCGGCCUGGAGUGGUCAGCGACUCCACCUUUCUGGCCAAGCUGAACCAUCUCUUCGCCAAGCAUAGUCACUAUGAGAGCAAAGUCACGCAGAAUGAGAAGCGCGUGUACGACCACUCCUUGGGCCUCAACUCUUUCCGCAUCAGCCACUACGCAGGCAAGGUGACAUACGACGUGAGCAGCUUCAUUGACAAAAAUAAUGACCUACUCUUCCGGGACCUGUCCCAGGCCAUGUGGAAGGCCCGACACCCCCUCCUUCGGUCCUUGUUCCCUGAGGGUGACCCCAAACAGGCAUCUCUCAAACGCCCUCUCACUGCGGGGACCCAGUUCAAGAAUUCUGUGGCCGUACUCAUGAAGAACCUGUAUUCCAAGAACCCCAACUACAUCAGAUGCCUCAAGCCCAAUGAGCAGCAGCAGCACCGCCUGUUCUCCUCAGAGCUGGUGGCCGUGCAGGCGCGCUACCUGGGGCUGCUGGAGAAUGUGCGGGUGCGGCGGGCCGGCUAUGCCUUCCGCCAGGCCUACGCGCCCUUCCUGGAAAGGUAUCGCCUGCUGGGCAGGAGCACAUGGCCUCACUGGAAUGGAGGAGACCGGGAGGGAGUUGAGAAGAUCCUGGAGGAGCUGAACAUAUCCUCAGAUGACAGGGCCUUUGGGAACACAAAGAUCUUCAUUAGAAGCCCCAAAACUCUUUUCUACCUGGAGGAGAAGAGGCGCCUCAGACUCCAGCAGCUGGCCACACUCAUCCAGAAGACCUACCGAGGCUGGCGCUGCCGCACCCACUACCAGCUUAUGCGCAAGAGUCAAAUCCUCAUUUCCUCCUGGUUUCGUGGCAACAUGCAAAAGAAACGCUACGGGAAGAUGAGGGCAUCGGCAUUGUUGAUCCAGGCCUUUGUGAGAGGGUGGAAGGCUCGCAAGAAUUAUCGAAAAUACUUCCGGUCAGGGGCAGCCCUCACCUUGGCAAAUUUCAUCUACAGUAGCUUGGCACAGAAGUUCUUACUGGGGUUGAGGGAUAGUUUGCCGCCCCCCAAAGUCUUAGACAAAACAUGGCCAGCUGCUCCAUACAAGGGCUUCCGUGUGGUGAAUGAGGAACUCCAGAAACUUUACCACCAAUGGAAGUGCAAGAAAUUCCGGGACCGACUGUCCCCAAAGCAGGUAGAGAGCCUGAGGGAGAAGGUCUACGCCAGCGAACUGUUCAAGGGCAAAAAGGCAUCGUAUCCCUCGAGCGUCCCUGUCCCAUUCCACGGCGACUACAUUGGGUUGCAGGGGAACCCCAAGCUGCAGAAGCUGAAAGGUGGGGAGGAAGGACCGGUGCUGAUGGCAGAGACUGUGAGCAAAAUCAAUCGUGGCAACGGCAAGACUUCCUCCCGAGUUCUCCUCCUCACCAAGGGCCAUGUGAUUCUCGCAGACCCCAAGAAAUCUCAGACCAAAACUGUCAUUGGACUGGACAGUGUGGCAGGGGUGUCAGUGACCAGCUUGAAGGAUGGGCUUUUCAGCGUCCAUCUGAGUGAGAUCUCUUCAGUGGGCUCCAAGGGGGACUUCCUGCUGGUCAGUGAGCAUGUGGUGGAGCUGCUGACCAGGAUGUCUCGGGCUGUGCGGGAUGCUACGCAGAAGCAGUUGCCUAUUACAGUGACUGAGAAUUUCACAGUGAGGUUCAAGGAGGGUCGUGUGACUGUCAAGGUCAUCCAGGGCUCUUCUGGGGGCGGAACCGGCAAGCUCAGUUGCAAGAAGAAGGGGAGCCAGUGUCUGGAAGUGACCGUCUCAUGAGGGACUUCUUCCUCCUGGACCAGCACGAACCCCUGAAGAGUGCCUUUCCUUCCAUGGCUGGCCAGCCCCCUCCGCCACGCUGG